AUGUGCGAGGGAGUCACGUCUGACGAAGCGCUGCAUCGCUUCGAUUUGCUUCGGCAACAUCUUUUUGAGGAAGAUGAUGCCUGGUACGCCAUGCGAGCGGAGGAAAACCGGCUGCUGUAUGGAGACACAGUUGGGAGAAAACCCAAAGCUACCGCGAGCAUCCCACAGAGAAGAUAUUUCAACUGCUUUUAUGAUUCAUUCAAGCAACGUGACGAUAAAUUUAACCUCAAUAUUCUCAGGGAGGUGCUGCAAAAGGAAUGGGCGGAGCGCGAGAAGUUGAAUGAAUAUGAAGAAGAGGAAUUUUAUUCCAUUUGUCGCUGUGCGGGCAAUGCACUGGGUGUUACUGCGUGGAGUCGUCGUUAUCGCACUUCGCUACCGUUGGUGGGGGCGGAGGAAUUUGGGCGGAGAAUGAUAGUAACUGAAUUCUUCGCCAUGCUUUUGGAGGCUGUGUUUAUCUUGGAGGGUCUUCAUCGCCGAACGAUUUCAUUUUUGAGGGAACCUCUUGCACGUAAGGCCAUUGAAGGAGAUGAGGUACAUAAAUGGGUAGAAAGUCGACGAUGUCAGGUGGAGCGAGAGCGGCGAGAGGAGUCCAUGUUUGAAGCAGAGGAGCGUCAGCGUGAAUUGGCCUACCACGAUUGGAAGAGGCAACAGGCAUACCAGGUGUACUUGUUUGAGAAGAGUGAGGAGGAGGAGCGAAUGGAUGUAGAAAGGCUUCAGCGUUUUCACGUUGGCAUUAUUUCGCAGAUAUUCCGUAAAGAACAUAUGGAGGCGCAAUAUCAUCAAUUGCGGUAUCAAAUGAGAAAGCGCCUACUUUCUGCGGAAUUGUCACGGCAUAUCAUUGGGAAUGAGGCUACAGAACGGUCUAACAUUAUGGUCUUGCAGCACGACCAAUUCUGUACUUUGCAGGCAGAGGAGGUAAAGAGUUUUCUCUGGACGAGACGGAAUACGUUGUUGAAUGAGCUAGUGGAUCGGGAGCGUGGCGGCGAAGGAUGUGUCUAUGCGUACAUGUAA